GGUUGAGUCCCAAAGUAUGUCUUUUCACACCACAAGCAAGUUAUCAUCCUUUACCAGCGCUACAGCCACCACCAGGCUCUGUGCAGAAAUGGCCUCUUCCAUUGCGAGCACAUCGCGUGUGCUUCUCUCCCGGCACAGCGUCCGGCCUUCCUGGGAGUGCAUCUGCCCCUCGCGCUUCUCCAGAAGCAUCACCUCUUCCACUUUACUCGGCGCAGAGUCGCCCGAAUCGCCAGCACGAGCUCAUCGCCCUUCUUCUCCCAGUUCCAGCACGCCGGCAGAGCUUGCUCGAGUGCUAGGAAACAAGACUGGGGAGGAUGUACGACCGUCCAGCUUCUCACCUGGAGCUUCGGCCACUCGCGCUCGGCGAAGGACGUUCGAAGCACGCCAGGCCGCUGCGGGCCGCGUACAAGGCCUCUCUAACGGUAGUGCUUCUCCUCCUUCGCCCGGGCAACAACAAAAUUCAGUCCGAAUGCCCAGCGAGCGCUUGGCGCAGCCUCUCUCCAACCCUUACCUUCAGAAAAGGCCAGGCUACACCCCAGACAACAUCCCGCCAGCGACGAACCCGCUUCUCGCGACAAUCGUCGGUCUGCUAACGAAAGAUGGCAAGAAGGCCAAAGCGAUGCGCCAAGUCUCAGACGUCCUGGGCCAUCUGAUGCGUGCAACCAACUCGUCACCUUUGCCCAUCCUCAGCGCCGCCAUCGAGCUCGCAUCACCGCUAGUGCGCAUGCAGUCGUCAAAAUCAGGAGGCAAGCAGGUCCAAGUGCCGCUGCCGCUCAACGAAAAGCAGCGCACGCGCCGAGCAAUCGUUUCCAUCCUCGAGGCCAGCAAAAAGAGGGGUGAUGCAGAGCUCAGUGCAAGGGUAGCAAGAGAGGUCAUCGCUGUCGUCGAAGGGAACAGCAGCGUGCUGCAGAGGAAGGAAGAGAUCCACAAGGUUGCGCUGGCGAACAGGGCAAAUGCCUCGGUCCGCAUCUGAGAAUGUACAUAAGCAGCUGCCUUGUCUCAUCUUCAAGCUUCCCUCGUUCUCGUAUGAGCCCGAACAAGAUGCGCUUGUUGAGUUUGACGAUUAAUGAACGUAGUGAAAGACUACACUCUUUCAACAACAUCCGGACACAUGUCAGUGACAAUGACGCUCUAGGUUGACAUGGGGGUCAUCAGCGGGCAAAUUUGCGAUGGACCAUCUUGAAGCAGACCACGAAAGGUCGCGUCCGCAUUAUGUAUCGUAGAGAGUCAAAGGGCGCUCGAAAUAUGAAAUAUA